AUGUUUGAAGAAGAAAGUAAAUCAAAUAUCCACAGAAAGCAAAGAUACUUUAUAGAUUAAUAAAAUAGUAUUUAAGGUUAAACGCUCAAGGCGAUGUGCUUUAAAAACGAUGAAUUUGACUUUUUAGAGUAUGAAAGAAAUAAUGAAAUUUAGUUAUAUAAUAAAGAAUGCUAUCUUAAUCAACCAGAAAAUCAACUUAAAUAACUUGAAUUAUAAUAAAUAGGAGAAUAUAAAGAGGAAAUUGAUUUUCCAAGCAUAGGUAACAUCGUAUCUCCAAAUAUUGAUUAGGAUUUGACAAAAUUUCAAAACUGCAAUGAAGAAACAAUUGAAUACAUAAAAAAAAACUCAAAUCCAUUAAAUUUAAGAGAUAAAAGAUUGAGCUAAUCUAAAUAGUACACAAAGAGUGGAAAGAGUUUUUGUUAAGACAGAGAGCUAAAUAGAUAAUACACUACAAAGUCUAUUAUUAAGCCAAUUAGAUCUUUUAGCUCGUUGAACUAGAUUUCAUUCAAUUGUUUGGAAAGUUAAAAUAGGAAAUUCUAUGAAAAAUUACGUAAUAAAAUGAAAUUCUUCUACUUAAAUGCUACUUUAAGUGGUAGAACAAAGUUAAUUAACUUAAUAAUAAAAAAUCAAAUUAACGAUUUAAGCGAUUUUAUUCCUGAGAAAUUGAAUACACAAGUUUAAAACUAUGAAAUAGUUGGCAAUAGAAAAGGAAUUAUUUAGAUAUAUUUAAGAUACUCUGUUUUUUUUGAUAUUUUUCCUAUCCUCUUUCUUUUUUUUAACCUAGAAGAUAGAGUGCCAACUCUCAAAAUAAUAUUUCAGAUAGCUGUUUUUUUGAAAAUAAAAAACAUCCUUUAAGAUAUUUCUUACAUUUAGAGUUAAUUUUGCAUGAUGCUUAAGAGAUAUUAUAUUAUUUAGGUUGUUAAUCUUGUAUUGAAGCUCUUCCUUAUUGGUCAUACAAUAGCUUGUUUCUGGUAUAUUCUGUGCAAACUAGAAUACGAAAAUUAUUAAAAAGAAAAUUGUUGGAUUAACAACUAAAUGCUUUAAGAUAAAGAAUGGUGGUAAUUUUAUAUCUUUAGCUUGUAUUGGGCUUUAACCUUAAUGACAACAGGUUCAAGCAUAGCAAGCACAACCUUUGAAACUUGCUACACAGUUUUUAUUAUGCUUUUUAUCACUAUAAUUUUUGGUUAUAUACUAAACGUUAUUGGAUAGAUCUUGUCCGAAAUAGAAGAAAAAGACUAAAAUCGCAGAAGAGAUGUUAACAUCCUAAAUGACUAUAUGAGAAAAAAAAAUAUUUCUAAACUAUUGCAGUCGAAGGUGAAUCUGAACCUAGAGUAUUAUUAUCAGCAAGACUUUAAAUAGCUCCAAGAAAAUUAUGAGUAGGUUUUAGGAAAAAUAUCCUUAGACCUAAAAAAUAGCUUGCUGAAGGAGUAUAAUAAAUAAAUAAUAAAUAAAAUUGAAGUGAUUGCUAAAAAGUUCAGUUAAAAUGCUUUAGAUCAAUUAUCAAUCACGCUUUAGGAGGAAUAUUAUUUCCCUAAUCAAGCUAUAUUCAAUUAGCAUGAUCUCUUAAGUAACUGUAUUAUUUACGUUGUUUCUGGUUAGGUGGAAAUUAGUGCUUCUAAUAAUACUUGUAAGUAGACAAAGAUAUUGCUUAACAGUGGCUAAUUUUAUGGAUUAAUUGAAUUUUUUACAGGAGUUUCUAACAAUUUACAUGUAUACUCCAAGUAGUUCUCUUAAGUCGUUUUCAUAAAUAGAAAUAAAUUUAUAGAAAUUAUUAAGCAAAAUGAGAAGGAUUUUUAAGAGUUUCAUUAAUUAAAAGAUUAAAUAUUCUUGUAUGGGAAGCUUGGUUAUCCAAUAAGUUAGAAAUAGGAUAGAGCUAUUUUUAAUAGAAAAAAAGAGUGUAAAUAAUAGUUUUUUGCAAUUAAAUCAUAGUAACAGAAGGAUGAAUUUUUUAAAUAUGCUUAGACUUUUAAAAACUUGGAUGAGUCUUAUAACAGCAGUCAUAGUUUGGGAUACAGCUAUUUGACGCAGAGCUAAUAAGAAAAUGAGGAAUCUUCUGUCAUUUAAAAUAAUAAUUCAGUCUUUUUUGGAAGUACUGAAGGUCGUAAUAACACUUUUAAAUCUUAAAAUCCUAUUUCUGAAUAAAAAAUAAAAAAACCGCUAUCAUAAACUUGCCUUUCCAAAAUCGAAAUAGAUUUAAAUCCAUAACUUGCUGAAGAAAGGAAAAAAAAAUCAAUUCUUUCAUUUAAAAUUAAUUCUGAAAUUAAUGAUAGUCAUAUGGAUAAAAAUUAUUUAAAAAGAGAACCUUCAGAUUAAGAUAUAACAAAAUAAGAGGCACAACGAAAAAGUAGAUAAUCUUUAGAUUCUUAGCAAAAUUAGUAAAUAUUAGAUCUUGGAAAAAAUUACAUAUAUGAUAAUGAUAUUGGUUUUUCGAAUGAUUAAAGAGUUAGGGCUUACUUUGAAGAUUUGAACAGAUUCCUAUUUUAGAGAGGCAGAUACUUAAAGUAAGCUAAACCUGUUUUUGAAGUGAGUUAGAUGUAAAACAAUUUUUAUGAACAAGAGGAUAAUCCUUGGCUGUUUGAAUCUUUAGAAAAUUUCAAAUACUAUUUUACUAAAGGAAAUUCAUUCAAUGUGCUUAAAAAAUUGAUGAAACAAAGAAAGAAAUCUAGAACUAUUUAUAAAAAAAAUUUAAAGAGUGAAAAUAAAUUGAAUAAAUGA